AUGGCAAUUAGAAAAACAAUAGUUCGUACUGAAUCACUUUCAACAGAUCGUGUACAUGGUUAUUUUGAUGAUGAUAUAGUCACAUGUCCAAUCUGUACAAAUAUUCUUUCGAAACCUGUAACUUGCAAAACAUGUGAAAAUUCAUUCUGUUUAAAAUGUAUUCGUUUAUGGCUUAAUGAAAAACCAAAUUCAUGUCCAUUCAAUUGUCAUUUUCAAGAACGGAAACCUCCACCAAUUCUUAUUAAAUUAUUGUCAAAAUUGAAAUUAAAUUGUCAAUAUAACUUAAAUGGUUGCACAAUUUUAAUACCUUAUGAAGCAUUAGAAAAGCAUGAAUUACAUGAAUGUUUAUUUCGAUUAACACAAUGUUCUAAUUGUUCAAAAGAGAUGCUAUAUAAUGAACUUGAAGAUCAUCAAAAUAAUGAUUGUUUACCAAAACAAUUAACAUGUUUAAUAUGUGAUACCAUGUAUUAUCAGAAAGAAGGACAUGAAUACAUAGAUUGUUUACAAAAGCAAGUGCAGAUUAUGGAUGCAGCAACGAGAUCACCUGGCAAAAAACCACUAAGCCAACAUCCAUUUGCUAAAAGACUUCGUCUGUUACAUGCAAGAGAACAGACAAAUGAAAAUUAUGCACAAAGAAUACAAUCACAAAAUGAUACUCAAGAUUUUACACCAUCGGCUCCAAUAUACCAGCCUCCUUCACCGCAACCUUCUCAUUCAGAAUCAAUGGCAGCAGCAGCAGCAAGUGUAAGACCAUCAAAUGAAACAUUACGAAUUUCUACUAUAAACUUUUCUAAGAUUCCUAACGCAAAAAAAGAAGGUGACCAUAUACCAAAUGGUUAUGCUGCUUUUAAUUGGGAAAAUAUUUAUUAUAUGUUUGAAGAACAUGUACGUAAUAAAAGUCAAUUACAAGGAUUUAUCAAUGCAUAUACGAAUUCAAGAACAUGUGUUGCUUAUAAUGGGAGAGGAAAUGCAAUGUCAAUAUUUUUACCUAAUACACGACAUACAUUUGGUCUUCAUUCAUUCGAAGCGAUGUCAGUUUAUCAUGACAAUUUUAAAUUAACAAUAACAAGUUAUCGUUCUAAUGAUGUAUUUAGUGUUAAAAAUAUUAUUUUGACGAAAAAACCAACUCUCUUUGAAAUAAAUUGGGAACAAAUUGAUAAAAUAACAUUUACACCUGCAAAAAUUUAUGAAACGAAUAGACCAGAGACAUUUGUAUUGACAUGUUUAAAUUUAGUUUUAUAG